UUUCCCAGUCUGGCCCGGUAGCGUGUGUGUGCGUGUGCGUGUGUGCGUUGGCAUGUGUCCAGGCCGUGUGACCCGCGUACACGUGUGUGCGUGUGUUGACCCCUGCGUCACCUUGUCCGAGGUCACGGCGGGGUGUCGGAGAUGAGCGCCGGAGCCAUGUGUGAGAGGGAAAAGAGAAGCAACAACAACAACAACAACAACCACAACAACAACAGUAGUAGUAGUAGUAAUAGUAGUUGUAGUAGUAGCAGUAGUAGCGAUGGAGGAGGAGGAGGUGGAAGAGAAGGAGAAGGAAGAGGAAGAGGAGGAGGAGGAGGAGGAGGAGGAAAUAGAAGUAGAGAUACCCAUGACCUCACCCCAACCACCACUUUCAACACCACCACCACCACCGUCAACACCACCGUCAACACCACCGUCAAGCCGCCUCUACUGGUGUCCUUUGGCAACCCCCUCCUUGACCUGACAGCUGUGGUCAAGGACGCCACUCUGCACAGGUGUUUUGGGCUACCUGUGGACGGCCAGCUGGAGGUCAACUCGUCCCAGCGACCUGUUUUCUCACACGUCAUGAAGGAGUAUCCCGUGGAGUACACAGCAGGCGGGUGUGCUCUCAAUUCCUCGCGGGUGUUCUGCUGGGUGUUGGGUGAGGGGCAGCGGGUGGUGUUCGUCGGGGGCAUCGGGGAGGACCAGGCCGCCACGAGACUGUCCAAGAUUGUGGAGGAGAGCGGAGUCAUUACCAGGUUUGUCAAGGUGCCGGGUCAGCCUACUGGGGUCUGCGUGGCACUGGUCCUGGGUGCCUGCCGCUGCCUGUGUGCCGACAUCGGUGCCGCUGCGACCUGCCUCCCCCAGCAUGUCUUCACCCCAGACCUGCUCCCCACCCUUGAAGCGGCUGAAUUUAUUUACGUCGAGGGCUAUUUCAUUACGCACAGCUUCCCCGCGGCCCUACAGAUCGCAGAGUACGCCCAGCGGAACCACAAAACCCUCGUCUUCAACCUCUGCGGAAGUUACGUCUGCGAGAACAACUCAGAGGAACUGCGACAACUUCUACCUUUUGUUGACAUUCUCUUUGGGUUCGUAGAAGAGUACCGGACCCUGGACAGUGCCCUGGACGUCGAGGAACUGAGUGCCAAGGAGUGCCGGGACCCUGAGAGUAUAUGCCAUGACCUGUUGUUAGUUUUGAAGGCUAUUAGGGGGGAGGCGAACGUCAUUGAGGAUUGCGUUAAGGAGAAAAAGGAGGGGAAGGAAGUUGCAGAGAAGAUCAACACCUCCUCGGAUGCUUGUGUUCCCUCCUCCACCUUCUCCUCCUCCUCCUCCUCCGACACUGUCAACACCACUGCACCACCACACCACCACCACAAUUACCACAAUGACACCACCUCUCUCUGUGAUGGUGAUGAAAAUGACGCACUCGUGGAUGGCGCUGAGACCUCGCCAGUCAACCAGUCACCCACGCACUCACCCAGCCAGUCAGUCAGUCAGGGGGUUAGUCAAUCAUCCAGUCAGUCAACCGGGGAUCUACCAAACGGCACACUACCACACAUGUCAAACGGGAACCACUUCAACAGCCACACACCUACGAAAUCAACCACAAACGACACACACACACACGCACACAGGGUCAAACAGCGGGUCGUAGUCGUCACAAAGGGCCCCAGUCCGCUGCUGUACUGCCACAGGGGGAGAGUCAGGGAGAGACCAGUGCCCCCUAUAACCCCUGAGGAGAUCGUCGAUACCACAGGGGCAGGGGACUCCUUCGUGGGGGGCUUCUUGGCGGCACUGAGUCAGAAGAGGGAGCUUGCGGAGUGCUUGGACUGUGGGGUAUGGACAGCCCAGCACCUCUUGCGACAGAAGGGCUGCACUCUACCUCCUUACCCUGCGGAGUUUUUGGCCUAGACGUGUGGCGUGGGCUGCGUGGUUGUCCCCUGCUGUGUGUGUGUGUGUGUGUGUGUGUGUGUGUGUGUGUGUGUGUGUGUGUGUGUGUGUGUGUGUGUGUGUGGUUGAUCCCUCCUCCCCCCCUCCCUCCCCCUGUUUGGUUU